UCUGAUCACUUAACUAGGAUUUAGGAAAAGUUUAAUGCCUCUUAUAAUCAGUUUGUUUUCUUUUUAUGUUAUGGGGGAAAUAGGGUUCUUGUCAUACAGAGCCAUUUCUAACCUGGUUCUAAUCUAUGUGCUGUCCUCUUUCCACUGUCACCUACUUUUUAAUUCUAUAAAAUUACUCAUUUAUGCUGUAAUUGCUUUUGGCUUAAUACCAAGCUUAAGCCUUUUAUUCAUAGCAAAUUAUCUUGGGUUUUCUUUCUUUCAGUAAUGUUUAUUUGGAAAUGUGCUGAACUAAAAUAAAUAUGAAAUGUCAUCUGUAUUCAGUAUUUUUUUUUUUUUAAUUGUGAAAACGACCUGUAAUUGUUGAACUAUGUCUGGACUGGGAGAACUGUGAGUGGACUUGUAUACUCUGAAGGCUUGCUUGACUGGAAGUAUAUAAAACCUUAUGGGAAAUCAUAGGCUUUUCCUUCCUUCUGUAGAGUCUCUUGUAACUGAGCUUGAUCUUGUGGAAAUUUGGGAACAUUGUCCAGGAGCUGCUAAAAGACAAACUUCUGUGGGUAUGUGGCUUCCCUGUCUACACCCACCUACCUGGUCUCUUCUCUUAAAACUGAGUACAUCCCUUUGAGGGCUGAAGAUAUCGGGGUUGACUAUUUUAGAAUUCUCAAGAGAAAUGUGCUUUAAAUCUUUACAAAACUUUUCUUUUUUCAGGGGCUCCUGGUGGCUCAGUCGGUUAAGUGUCCAGCUUUGGCUUAGAUCAUGAUCUCACGGUUCGUGAGUUGGAGCCCUGCAUUGGGCUCCCUGCUGUCAACACAAAGCCUGCUUCAUAUCCUCUUCUCCUCCCCCACUAAUGUGCGCUCGCGCGCGCAUGCACACACACACACACACUGUCUCUCUCUCAAAAAUAAAUAAAAACAAAACUUUUUUUUUCUUUUUUUUUUUUCAGAGAACUUCUCCAAAGACAAAGGACAUAAGAUGUAAAUCCAGUGCUAUUUGAUAGUAAAUCCUAGCUUCCACAGGGACUUUGACUAGUUUAAUUGCUUUUUACUAGGUUUGUUUGAUAAAAACAACUGCUCUAAUACAAAGAAUUUUAUCUAGUCCCAUUGUGGUAAAAGUUAUCCUUUGUUGGUUGCGAGUUCCUCACGUACAUAAACAUUCUGGGCCUCAUGUUUAAUAGCUAAUUAAGCAACACAGUUAUCACGUGGCUGUCAUUAAUAUUGUAUGAUUAGUAUGUGCCAGGCAGUAUUCUAAUAGUGCAUUUUCUGUGUAUUAAUGAAUUUAAUCCUCACAGCAGUUCUAUCAUGAGUUAGCUUUAUCUUCCUAUCCCAUUUUCUAUAAAAGGAAGAAGUUAUUAAGUGGUUAUAACCAAAGAUUUUCAAAUUUCUAACCAAGGAGAGAGAUUUGAAAGACAGUAACUAUGACAAAACUAGAGCUAGUUUUGUGUGUAGCUCUGUAUUUCUGAAGUAGAUAGGUAUAGUGAGUCUGGGCUUACAAAUUAUAUGUUUACAAAUAACAGGCCCUAGAAAAACCCAAAGUACAUGUGAAUCUAUCAGGUUCAACUAGUAGAUUCAGAAAAAUUGUAAAGCUCAGUGAAUUAUAUGUGAAACAUUAUUUUUAAGUGGACUGUCUGGUAAUGGCAAAGAACGUGUUUGUAAAGAGCUUAGCUGACUGGAUUAGAAUAAAGAAAUUGUCUCUCUCCAUCUGUUCUAAUUAGCUUAUCUCUUCUGCUUUCAUAGCGUGCUGCUUCUUUCAGAAAAGAAGUGAGAGGUAUUUUGAAAGGACACCAUUUUUAUUUAAGCUAAUUUGUAAUGGUUUUGGAAUGGUUGUCAGUUUUCAAAGAUAAACUUUGAAAUGUUAGACCUUUUCUAUAAUAAUUCGUUACUGGAAGUUUCAAGGCUUUUUUGGGUGCUCAAGGAUUUUGGCCUCUCCUUAUUCCUUUGAUUUUGGCCCAAAUGAUUAUGUUUCCUCAUUUUGGGAAGAUUUCUCUGGGUAUUUUGAUAUUUGUCGUGAUAGAAGGAAACCUUCCAUCAUUAACAGCACAAACCUACAUAUCUUUAGAAGAUAUCCAAGAACCCAAGAGUGCAGUUUCUUUUCGCCUGACUGACAAGGAAUCUGGGGAGCCUUCUCAUUCUACUGAAAAGAAACUACCUUUGGACCACAGAGAAGCUGAGAAACAGUGGUUGCUCAGAAGAAGGCGAUCUAUCCUGUUUCCUCAUGGUGUAAAAACCUGCCCAGAUGAAAGCAUUACAGAGGCUGUGGCAAAGCACGUAAAGUACUUUAAAGUACGAGUGUGUCAGGAAGCUGUCUGGGAAGCCUUCCGGACAUUUUGGGAUCGACUUCCUGGACGUGAGGAAUAUCGUUACUGGAUGAAUUUGUGUGAGGAUGAAAACACAACUAUAUUUGAAAUGGGCACAAAUUUUAGUCAGUCUGUGGAACAUAGAAAUUUAAUUAUGAAGAAAAUGACAUAUACAAAGGAAACUGUAAGCAGUUCCUGCAGUCACCAGGGCUGUGGCCCUGAAUUGUUAUCUCCAGUUCCUGUUGGUGAUGCCCCAACAUCAGGAGGUGCUGUUGUCAGUGUUCCAUAUCCAGAGGUGACCACCUCUGAAGGUAUCUCAGAGAGCAGCAAGGAGAGGCCUGGGGAGAGUAUUAGUAAUGAAAUUGAGAAUGUCAUGGAAGAAACCACAAAACCAGCAACUGAGCAGAUUGCAGAGUUUAGUAUCCACCUUUUGGGAGAGCAAUAUAGGGAAGAACUACAGGAUCCCUCCAGCUUUCAGCACCAGCACCUUGUAGAAGAGUUUAUUUCAGAGGUUGAAAAUGCAUUUACUGGGUUACCAGGCUAUAAAGACAUCCGUGUACUUGACUUUAGGUCCCCCAAGGAAAAUGGCAGUGGUUUAGAUGUUCACUAUGCAGUAACCUUCAAUGGUGAGGCCAUCGGCAAUACCACCUGGGACCUAAUUAGCCUUCAUUCCAACAAGGUGGAAAACCAUGGUCUUGUGGAACUGGAUGAUAAGCCCACUGCUGUUUAUGCAAUUAGUAACUUCAGAGAUUAUAUUGCUGAGACACUGCACCAGAAUUUUUUGUUGGGGAAUUCCUCUUUGAAUCCAGAUCCUGACUCCCUCCGGCUUAUCAAUGUGAGAGGGGUUUUACUUCCUGAAACUGAAGACCUAGUUUGGAACACCCAAAGUUCAAGUCUUCAGGCAACCCUACCAUCCAUUUUGGAUAAUACCCUUCAAGCUGAAUGGCCCUCAGCAGAUGAAUCCACCACCAGCAGUAUUUCACCACUUGAUUUCAGCUCUGGUCCUCCCUCAACCAAUGGCAGGGAACUCUGGUCAGAAAGCCCUUUGGGUGAUUUAGUGUCUACACCCGAAUUAGCCUUUCCCGCGAAGGUGGGCCUCAGUUCUUCCCCAGAGGUUUUAGAGGUUAGCAGCUUGACUCUUCAUUCUGUCACCCCAGCAGUGCUUCAGACUGGCUUGCCUGUGGUUUCUAAGGAAGGAACUUCUGGAUCUCACAUAUUAGAAGAUGGAUUAAUCAAAGUUGAAGGGCCAGAAGAUAUUCUUUCUGUUCAUUCAUUGCCUUCAAGUCCAUUCACUCAUCCAGUGCCAAAGGAAACGAUAUCAUCUGUGGAAGACUCUGAAGUGUCUUUGACAUCCUCACCAUAUCUGGCCUCCUCUGUCACUUUAGAUCUUGCUAAAGAAACAAUGAUACCUUUUGGCUUGGACUCUUUGGCCUCCAAAGUCAAAGGCCAAUUAGAAGUGAGCACUUUGAUGCCAGACACAUCCAUAGAAAAAGAGUUUAUAUUUGAGAGUGGUUUAGGUUCAGGGUCUGGGCAAAAGGUGGAUCUGAUUUCUUGGCCAUGGAGUGAGACUUCAUUUGAGAAGAGUUCUGAAUCACUGUCUAAGUCAUGGCUUGAAGAUCAGGAAUCACUUAUGCCAACUGAAGGUAUAGAUGAGAAAUUAGGUAUAGAUGACAAAGAUUCCACAGGGCAAAGUACUGAGCAUUUAAAAUAUGGAUAUUAUGAUAGAUCCACACACUUUGCAGAGGAAGAGCUCAUUGGUGGACCUACUGUGCCCAUCUUUGCAGAGACCACAACUGAAUCUGCAUCUCUAAUUCUCUCCAAGCAAAUAUCAGAGGCACCUGACAUUGAUGAUUACUCAGUUACCAAAGCACCUCUUCUAUUGACAGCUAUAGCAAUCUCUGCUUCUACUGGUAAACCAGAGCUACCAUUUCUAAAGAAGGAUAUGGAACAAACUAUAGAAUCAUCCAACCGUGAAUGGUUUGACAGCAAGGUUUCGAUAAUGAAGCCAGAUAUGCAACCUUUGGGGACCAUAUUGCCAGAAUCAGAUGUAGUUUGGGCAAGAACUUCUUCCCUGGGGAAAUUGUCCAGAGACAUAUUGGCAAGUACACUACAGAGUACUGACAAGCUCUGGCUGAAAUCUUCCAUGACACAGUCUACCAAAUUGUCUCCAACCACAAGCUCCACCCUGCUAGAGGAUGAAGUAAUUAUGGGUGUACAGGAUAUUUCAUUAGAACUGGACCGGAUAGGCACAGAUUACUAUCAGCCUGAGGUAAUCCCUGAGGAAAAUGGCAAGGUUGGUAGUUAUGUGGAAAUGUCUACAAAUGUUCAGUCCACAGAGAGGGCUAUUGUGGUGCAACCCACAGAAGGAGGUGACUUGAGUCAUACCCAGACUGCAGGAGCUUUGGUGGUUUUCUUCAGCCUCCGAGUGACAAACAUGAUGUUUUCGGAAGACCUAUUUAAUAAAAACUCUUUGGAGUAUAGAGCACUGGAGCAAAGAUUUUUGGAACUGCUGGUUCCCUACCUCCAGUCAAAUCUCACAGGGUUCCAGAAUUUAGAAAUCCUGAACUUUAGAAAUGGCAGUAUUGUGGUGAACAGCCGAAUGAAGUUUGCCAAGUCUGUCCCUCCUAAUGUCAACAAUGCUGUAUACAUGAUUCUGGAAGACUUCUGUACCACGGCCUACCAGACCAUGAACUUGGCUAUUGAUAAAUACUCCCUCGAUGUGGAAUCAGGUGAUCAAGCCAACCCUUGCAAGUUUCAGGCAUGCAAUGAAUUUUCUGAGUGUUUAGUCAACCCCUGGAGUGGAGAAGCAGAGUGCAGAUGCUACCCUGGGUACCUGAGUGUGGAAGAACUGCCCUGUCAGAGUCUCUGUGACCUACAGCCUGACUUCUGCUUGAAUGAUGGAAAGUGUGACAUUAUACCUGGACAUGGGGCCAUUUGUAGAUGCCGGGUGGGUGAGAACUGGUGGUACCGAGGUGAGCACUGUGAGGAGUUUGUGUCUGAGCCCCUGGUAAUAGGCAUCACCAUUGCCUCCGUGGUUGGACUUGUCCUUGUUUCGUCUGCUGUUGUCUUCUUCCUCGUCAGGACUCUUCAGACUCGUCAUGUUAGGAGAGAGAGAGAGAGGCCCAGCAGCAGGCAGCCUGACAGCCUCUCAUCAAUUGAAAAUGCUGUGAAGUACCCUGUAUAUGAAAGCCAUGUAGCUGGACCCGAGCAGUAUGAGGGGCCCUAUCCUCACAACCCCUUCUACAGCUCUGCAAGUGGAGAGAUGAUUGGUGGUCUGAGCAGGGAAGAAAUCAGGCAAAUGUAUGAGAACAGUGAGCUUUCCAAAGAGGAAAUUCAAGAAAGAAUGAGAAUUUUGGAACUGUAUGCCAAUGAUCCUGAGUUUGUAGCUUUCGUGAGAGAACAUCAAAUGGAAGAGCUUUAAUCAAAACUUUUAUUAUGAAACUGAUCAGAAGCCUAGAGAAGAUGGAGAUCACUUGUUACCUAUGUCAUAUAAUUAACCUGGAUUUUGACCUCUGUUGGAAGAAGAGUGAAAAAAUUAAAAAUUAAAAAAUUAAAUUUGGGGACAAAAUUUUUUCUAGCUUAAAAUUUCAGAAUGUAGUAAGAGAUGUGACCAUUUUUAUACCUACAAAGACCAAAAGCUGUAUUUAAAGAAACUCAAAGCUGUAUGAGUUCUGGGAAGUAUUCUACAAGAAAAACUUGGGCCUAGGAGUUGGGACUGAAUUCAUUAUCUGUUCUGAAUCUUGAAAGUGUGUCUUAACUGUGGCUCAGGUUUUCCUGGAAGAAGAUAACAGGAGACCAUUACAGGAGAAGGCAGGCUCAGUAACAAUAUUUUGUAGCAUGUUUGUUAUUGUUAGGUGGAAGGAGAAGCCUUUGAAGUAGUUUUAAUAUAGUUUAUAGUCAGACAUUCAUCCACAUAAAAAAUAUGAAGUUUUUUUGGCAAUUACACUAUUGAAGAAAAAGUAACCUUUUUGCUGUAAUAUAGAGUUAGGCUUGUACUUCAGUUUCCACCAGAAUUUUGAAUUUCCUGAGCAUAUGAAUCAAGACCACAUUAUUGUUAAGUAUGUCAAUAUCCUAUUUUUUUUAGUUGUCAAGGGCAUUACAUAUGUAUAAUUUUUAAAAAAUGUUUAUUUAUUUUGAGAGACAGCAUGAGCUGGGGGGGAGGGGGGCAGAAAAGGGUGGGGGGAGAGAAUCCCAAGCAGGCUCCACACUGUCAGUGCAGAGCCCAGUGCAGGGCUCAAUCUCAUGAACAGUGAGUUCAUGACCCGAGCCGAAAUCAAGAGUCAGAUGCUUAACUGACUGAGCCACCCAAGCGCUCCUCAUAUGUAUAAUGUUUAAAGGGUUCCCAUUAGGCUACAGAUUAAUUUAAUUAUGUGGACAGGGAGGGAGUGAAUGGGCAUUGGGUCAAGGCCACAGCACUGAGAAUGUAUUUGGCCGAUCGAUGGGUGGGCUGAGUCAAACUAAUAGGCACCCUGACUCUUCUUUGGCUAUCUCAUGUUGUCCUAGGCAAGUUCUGGAUCUUCUCUAGUUCCUGGUGUAUUAAUUUGGAAAGCAGCAUUUAACUACCUCACAUAGUAUAGGUUAGUAUAGGUUAGCUUCUUUGCAUUGCUUUUCCUUUGUAUAAUAACUCGUGUCUAAAUUAAUUCCUGCUUACAUGAAACGUGACAGGACUUUUAUUGCAAUUAAAAUUGUUUUUAAGUAUAUAGGUAGGAAAUGUCCACAUCUUAUAUAAAUUUUAACUAAAAAUGGAA